UUAGACACAGACGAUGUCAUUGUUUAUUUUUUUUUAUCAUUAUCUGUUGUUAGAGAGAAGAAAAAGAGGCGUGAUUGCAGAUAAAAGUUAUCGAAUCACGUCGGAAGUGUGUGAUUGUGUCUGUGUACAUAAAACCAAUACAACUAAAUAGUUUAUGAGUUGUCAAAUAUCGUACUCGUGUCAUACUCAUCACUUUAAAAUCAUACUAUUUUCUAUAAAACAAUUAAACAAUUUUAUUUAAACAUUAUGGAGUCUUACGAGAGUGUGCUUUUAGUUAAAUCCGAGGUUUUUGUAUUUAAAAUUCCUCCAAGGGCAUCCAAUCGAGGUCACAGAGCAGCAGAUUGGAAUCUCCAAGAGCCAUCAUGGACAGGAAGGAUGCGUUUGGUAUCUCAAGGUGAUACGAUAACGAUUAAACUAGAGGAUAAAAUGAGUGGGGAAUUAUUUGCCAAGUGUCCUAUUGACACUUAUCCUGGUGCAGCUGUUGAACCAGUAACUGAUUCAUCGCGUUACUUUGUGCUGAAAAUCCAAGAUGACAAUGGCAGAGCAGCUUUCAUUGGUGUAGGAUUUUUAGAUAGAUCUGACAGUUUUGAUCUCAACGUUGCUCUGCAGGAUCACUUUAAGUGGCUAAAAAAUCGUGAACAAAUUGAAAAAGAAAAAGAGCAACCUAAACCUGAACUAGAUCUCAGGUUCAAAGAGGGAGAAACUAUUAAAAUAAAUAUGAAAAUCACCAAAAAAGAUGGUAGUGAAGUUUCAUCAAAGUCAAAGCGUCCUCAAGUAGGAUUAGGUCUUCCCCCACCUCCAGGAGGUGUCAAAAUAGCACCACCACCACCAAAAACUCCAACUUCCUCACCGGCUCAUAAACCAGCCGGAAAUGCACAACCAGGUUCUGAAUGGGGUGAAUUUGCUAGUGCAUCACAACAACAACAGCAGCAGCAACAGCCAUCAGCUGCAUCUCCAGGUUCCGCUUCCAAUGCCAGUUGGGUACAGUUUUAAUAAUUCCAAUGUACUAACAAAACAUCGUAACUAAUGACAAAAUAUUAUAACAACGCGAACGUUAUCUAACGCUAAAAAAUACACAUGUGUGUUACACACUAAUAGAAAUAUCCAGUACAUUAAAACGUGUUCGCUAGUUGAUGUAUAUACUUAUUAUAUAUUAGCGAGGGAAUAACGAUUUACGAUAUGCGUACUUUUUUUUUAUUGGAUUGGGUACAGAUUGACGAUAAACUUGCAUAGUUUGAAUUUAAUUAUCAAUCAACUAUCUACUUAGUUAAUUAACUAAUUAAAUAAUUAUUGUUAUUAUAAUUAUUAUUUUUUUAUUAUUGUUGUUGUGAGCAUGACAAUAAUUAUUUACGUCCAUGUUGUGCAUUUUUGAUAAAGAGUUAUCAGUAUUAGUUUUAAUUAAUGUUUUAAUGAACAAGAGAGUAGAGAAGGAUAUCGAUCUAUUGAUUGCAUUAGUUUUAAUUAUUUUACGUCCGUAUUUUUUUUUUAAUUAUUACAUUGUUGAAUGUAUUGUUAAAGAGACAUGCAUGUGUGUCGAGAUAAUUAAAAAGACGUAUAAUUAUUAUAUUAAAUUUACUGUACCCAGUCUAAUUGCUGUGAAAUAAUGUUGUAUGUAAGAACUAAAACUUUUUCUCAUUGCGCAAAUUUACAUUUUAUUUAAAUUAAGUUAUUACUAAUUAUUAUUUUAUUUUAUUUCCGGUGAUUAAAGACUUCUUUUUUUUUUAUUUUUUAUGGUUUAAUUUUUAACGAACAAAAAUAUGAUCUUGAAGUCAGCAGACAAUUUACAAUUUUCGGAUUUUUUUUUCAACAAAUAAAUUACAAAAAAACGAAAACUAAAAUAUGCACAUGUAGAAAAUUAAAAAAACUAUAGGCGCAAUUUUUUGAAAUAUUUUUUUUUUAUUAAUUAUCGUUUUUAAAAAAAUCCAAAAAUUAUUAGAAGUCAGCUGAUUUACGAUCUUGAAGUUAGCAGACAAUUAAAAAUUUUUGGAUUUUUUUUAACAAUUAAAUUUGGAGAAAAAAAAAAAACUAAAAAUAUGCACAUGUAGAAAAUUUAAAAGACUAUGAGUGCAAUUUUUUAAAAUAUUUUUUUUUUAUAAUUUCUCGCUUAAAAAAAAUCCAAAAAUUAUUAGACGUCGGCUGAUUUUAGUAUCAGACAAAAAUUUAUUUCGUAUUUUUUUUUUUUUUUUUAAAUGAUUGAAGGGAAAGAGAACGUGAUUGCAUUGAAAUUAGAUUGAGUAGAUAACACACGUCGUAGGGCCUCAGUGAAAACUGGCACUUGUACAUAAAUAAAUUAGAAGCAGUAAUUAGCUUCUAGAUAAAAGCCUAAUAAAAUAAAAAAACAUACAAAGAAAAAUAUAAAAAAAAAAAAAAACAAACAAACAAAAUGUAAGUUAUGUUAAAUUUAAAAUCUUAAUCUCAAUCAAUAGUUAUUAUAAUUAUUGUUAUAUUUUAUUUUCAAUAUGCAACGUAAUAGUAAAGAAAAAGUUAAAUAUUAGAUAUAUAUUUUGAAAGCGCAUGCUUAGGUUUUGCCAAUGCAAAAAAUACUUUGAUUUUUUUGUAAAUAUGAUGUAAUAUUUCAUUGCACUUGAAUUUAUUUUAUAUUAUUAUUAAUAUUAUCGCGAAUUAUAUUGUUGAUUAUGAUGACGAACGUAAUUAUAAUUAUAAUUAUGAUUAAUAAAUUAGUAUAAUAGAUCAGAGGUUGCGUGAUAGGAUCGUGAAUUACUAAUUUAUUUUUCUAAUUAAAAAACUUCGAGCAGUAAAAAAAAUAAUUAUCGGAAGCAAUAAAUCUUUUGUUGAAAUUUAAAAAAUCAAAAUAUAUUUUGAUUGAUUUGGAAUUAAUAUAUAAAUUAAAUAAUACUUUAAAUAUAAAAUAAAAUAUUUUAAUAUUUUAAAAUUAAAUGAAUAAAGUUUUCAAAACAAUUAACUUACUGUUCGAUGAAAAUUAAAAAUACUUAAAUUGAUAGUGCAAUUAAACAAGAUAAAAAAAAAAGAGAUAUUGGAUUAUCAUUAAAAAAUAAUGACCGGCAGUUCACAAAAUGUUAUAUCAUUCUCAUGUAUAUUAUUUUCGAAUAAACAAAACGAAAUAUUUAAAUAACAACUUUAUCAUUAAUAAAUUAUUUAAUUAUUAUUUAAAUCAUCACCUUCCUCAUAUCUUUAAAUAAAAAAAAAACUGUCUAUUUAAAACAGUAAUUAAAAAUUAAAAAAAAAUGUAUUGUAAAAUUAAAUAAAUAGAAAUAUUUUUGUUAAUUGAAAUACAAAAUAAAUGCCCCCAUAUCAUAUAUCCUAUUUUUGAAUCGAUAAAUUAUUAGAUCGUCACUAAUGUUGAAUAAUGAGCUUAACAAAUAUAUUAAUGGCAUAGCCAAUACUUUGUGUAUGUAAAUAGAUUUAAUCGAUCUCGUUCAAAAUAAUUAAAAUAAACUAGUAUCAAAUACUGUCAGUUAAUCAACGAUACACAUAAAGUGUACAAUUUAAAAAAAUAUAUAUAUAUUUAUCGUCUAUGAGAUUAUAUAUUUAGAGAUGUAUAAAUAAUCAAGUAAAUGGAA